AUGGAGAAUGUGAAGUUCCCUACGUACGGUGAGAUUGUGAACGUCAACUUGUCGGACGGCACUGUACGCCAGGGUCAGAUUUUGGAGGUGAACAAAAAGAAAGCCAUCGUGCAGGUGUUCGAGGGAACCAGCAACAUUGAUAACAGAGAUUGCCACAUCGAGUUCACCGGCGAUACCCUGAAGAUGCCAAUCUCAGACGACCUCAUGGGUCGAGCUUUCAAUGGCUCCGGAAAGCCGAUUGACAAGGGGCCUUCCGUCUUGGCAGAGGAUUUCCUGGACAUCAAUGGGGCGCCCCUCAAUCCAAAGUCGCGCGUCUACCCGAAGGAGAUGAUUCAGACUGGCAUCAGUGCCAUCGACACCAUGAACUCUGUGGUGCGUGGGCAGAAGCUGCCGCUUUUCUCAGCGGCCGGUCUGCCCCACAACGAGAUCGCUGCACAGGUGUGUCGACAGGCAUCGCUAGUCAAGGGAAAGGAUGUGAUGGAUCACACUCAGGAGAACUUCAGCAUCGUCUUCGGUGCUAUGGGGGUCAACAUGGAGACGGCACGAUUCUUCAGGAACGACUUCGAAGAGAACGGUUCCAUGGAGAAUGUCGUGCUCUUCAUGAACCUGGCAAACGAUCCAACCAUCGAGCGAAUCGUCACACCCCGCCUAGCCCUCACGACGGCCGAGUACUUCGCAUACACGCGCGAGCAGCACGUCUUCGUCAUCCUUACAGAUAUGAGCUCCUACGCCGACGCUCUUCGAGAGGUGUCGGCUGCCCGUGAGGAGGUGCCAGGACGCCGAGGAUAUCCCGGUUACAUGUACACGGACUUGUCCACAAUUUACGAGAGAGCUGGCCGCGUCGAGGGUCGCAACGGCUCGAUCACGCAGUUCCCCAUUCUGACUAUGCCCAACGAUGACAUCACUCACCCGAUUCCGGACCUGACUGGCUACAUCACAGAGGGCCAGGUCUUCGUGGACCGAUCCCUGCACAACAGGCAGAUCUAUCCGCCUAUCAACGUGCUACCAUCCCUCAGCCGAUUGAUGAAGUCCGGAAUUGGAAAGGGCAUGACACGAGAUGACCACCCCAACGUGUCUGAUCAGCUCUAUGCGAACUACGCCAUUGGCCAGGACACACGCGCCAUGAAGGCAGUUGUUGGUGAGGAGGCCCUCAGCGAGGAUGAGCACAAGUACUUGGAGUUUACCGACAAGUUUGAGCUCAAGUUCCUCACGCAGGGCCCCUACGAGAACCGCGACAUCUUCGCCUCCCUCGACAUUGCCUGGACCUUGCUGCGCAUCUUCCCACAAGAGCUUCUGAAGAAGAUCCCCCAGAAGCUGAAGGACAAGUACUACGACCGUGAGAAAGAGAUCCAGAAAGCCGUGCAGUCUCUAAAGUGA